AUGUCACUGCCGGCGGACUUGAGUUGCCUGCAGGCUGGCGGGGGAGCAGAGGGUGAGGCGGCCCUGGCAAACCUGGAGAAGCAGCUGAUCUGUCCCAUCUGCCUGGAACUCUUCAACAAACCUGUGGUCAUCCUGCCCUGCCAGCACAACCUCUGCAGGAAGUGUGCCAACGAGCUCUACCAGGCUCGAACCACCAUGAUGGUGAACAGCGGUCGUUUCCGCUGCCCGUCCUGCAGACACGAGGUGGUGCUGGAUCGCCACGGCGUCUACGGCCUGCCACGAAACCUGCUGGUGGAGAACAUCAUCGAUGUCUACAAACAGGAAGUCAGCAACAACAACAAUGCCACAAGUCCUGCCCCUCCUCCUGGUCCACCUCCUGCUCAGGUAACAUGUUCAGACCAUGAGGGUGAGAAAGUGAACAUCUACUGUGUCACCUGUCAGGUUCCUACAUGUUCUCUCUGUAAAGUGUUCGGGGCUCAUCAGUCCUGUCAGGUGGCCCCUCUGACAGACAUCUACCAGCAGCAGAAGGAUGAGCUGAACGAAGGAGUCAGUUCUCUGGUGGCGUUCAACGACAAAGUCCAGGCUUUGAUCAAUGGGCUGGAGGAGGCUUGCAAAAACAUUGAGGAGAACAGUAAGACUCAGAAACAGAGUGUGUGUGAGAAGUUCAAUCGCGUGUUUUCUAUCCUGGAGGACAGACGAAAGGCGAUGACACAGCGAAUCAGCUCCGAGCAGGAGGAGAAGACCGGCCACGCCGAGGCGUUGGUGCGUUGCUAUGGAGACAGCGUGGAGGCCAACCGCAAACUGGUGGAGAGUUCAUUGAGCAGCAUGGAGGAGCCGGACAUGGCUGCUUUUGUUCAGAAUUCAAGAGAGCUGAUCACAAAACUGGUAGCAGCAACCAGCUCCUGUCCAGCCGAGACACUAAAACCAGGUUAUGAGACUAUGAGCCACUACAAAUAUAACUUCAGCAGACAGGAGAGAGCUCUGAAGGGCAUAGACUUCCUCAAAGUUGUGGAAGAUGUUCCUGAAGAACCAGAGGUGGAACCAGAACCAGAGGAACCAGAAGAGCCCUCUGUACAGAACACAGAACCAGAACACAAUCAGGAAACCUCUUUCCAGAACCUGGAGUCUGUUUCAGAACCAGUUGAAGAACCAAUACCUGGACUGAUAUUCCCACCAGUGGAACCAGUACAGACAGCUGCACCAACAUCAGCCCCAGUUUCACCAGUUCCUGAUCUGGUGAGGGACUUUGUGGAGCCAGCAGGGGCAGUCCUGCAGCCAGAGACUGACGAGCUGGACUUAAAUGAUGAAGGACCUGGUCUAAUGAAGAACAAUAAGGAGGAGGAGAUAGAGGAGGCGGAGGGAGUUGCAGCUCCUGAUCCUGUUAGUGAGGGAAACGUCUGUGAACAUGUGGAGGGAAUGAGCACACAACAGUCUGAGGAGGGAGAGGCAGAAAGUGACGCAGCUGACCGGACGGAAAAACAUGAUCCUCAGGGUGAAGAAGAAGAAAUUCAGGUGAAGGAGGAAGUAGAUUCUGUGUUUUCCCCCAGCUGGCGCAGGUUUAGCCCUGAGGAAAUCCUGCCAAAGGUUCACGAGACAGAGCAGACGAUGUGUCCACUACAACCAGCUGGAGAUUCCCUUUCAGAGGCCAGGACUGAGGUAGCCCAAGCCCUAGUGUCUGAGCCUGAAAUACAACCACAAUCUCAACGGAGUCUGGAUUCUCAAUCCUCCAGCCACCCUCCCCCUGGAGCUGCGCUCUUCCACCCACAUCAACUACCUCUUUCCACUGAGCUUCAUGCUCAGCCGUAUCUUCCUCUCCCUCGACUCCCACAGCAGUUAGAAAAACAUCCCCAACCUCACGAAUCCCAGCUUCAACCUCAGAAGGCACCUGCUGUGCGGGGCAGUGCUUUUGUAGAAGCCAGUAUCACUGAGGACGAAAAUGAAGAGGAGGAGGAGGACAUGCAGGGCUGGGUGUGUCUACCUGGGGCUGUGGAUAAAGGUUUCAAGCUAGUAGAGGGUAGUUUUGAUCUUGGAGAAGUUAGUUUAGACAGUUUUUCUGAUAAUAAUGAUAGUCCAUCAUCCAUACCACCUGAGGAGACUCGUUCUGGGCCUGAGAGAGGCAGCUCAGAGAUGGAUAAAGACAACUCUGAGCUCAGUAAUGGAAGGGUAGAAGAAGAAGAGCAUCUUGCUUCAGAGCUGAAAGAAAGUGGGCUGGGAGAGGGUGAGUAUGAAGCUGAGGCGAUGAAUGAAAGGCCGGAAAAAGGAAGCGUUUGGUCUGAUGAAAGAAGUGAAGAGCAGGGGAACAAUCUCUCUGCUUUAGAGAGGGAUGCUGUAUCUACGAGGGAGGAUAGCUCUGUAGUUAAAAAUUACAGCUUGGAUGUAGGAGAUCGUGGUGUGGAGAGGACAGACAGCGUGAUAUCUGGGGACGGUAGUUCAGGGUUUGCAGAAAAGAAAGAGGAGGACGGAGAGAACAGCGAGCAGCCUGAAGACUUGAAUGCCAAAUUGGAAACGAACGCUGCUGAAACUGAAGGGAAAAUAACCUCCUCUGUCUCUCUCCAGAUGGACACUGAGAGUAGGAGUCCUGCUCAGACCAGUCCUCCUCUCUCCUCCUCCUACUCCUCCUCGUCUUCCUCCUCUUUCACCCUCAGCGAGGCUCCUCGACGACCCAGUUUCAGCUUCUCCUGGCUAAACUCCCUCAACAAGAAGAAGUAGAGGAAAGAGAGAGAAGUGUUUGGAAACGGAAGUUUUGCUCUGGAGAUGAAGAAAGGUGCACUUCACUCCACAGUCAGUUUCAUUCAGCUCGGCACUGCACUGAGACUGGAAACGUUACGUGUACCUGGAUAAAACUUCAGUUACAGUAUUUUCAUCAACAAUCUCUGUUUUGCUUUAAAUAUCCAUGCAGUUUAAAUCAUAUUUGCACUUUUGUGUUGUGUGGACAAAACGGACUUCUGUGCCUAAAGGGAAAAACACAGACUCUGUUGGUCUCUUAUUUUGAAAACUUACUGAGAUGUUGCUAUUCUCCUUCACAUUAAAAGUCAGUACAGCUUUAAAUUUUAUUAUUUUUAAGUGGCGUUAGCAGAGGAGAAGUAAUACUGCAAUGUAGAAGAAGUAGUAUUCAGAAUGAUAGUAGUAUUGGAAUAGCUAUAACAGGGAAAAGAUUACAUGUUUGCAUCAGGAAGUAGCACAAGUAUUGUUGUGUUACCAGUAAUAAAAGUAUGUGUUUUAGUAGUUAUAGCAGAGCUUGUAGUAGUAGUGAUGGGACUAAUGUAUUAGCUGUUACUGAAGGUGUGUCUGCAGGAUAUGAACACAAAUGUAUGCUGCAAUAAUUCUCAGUCUUUUAGUGUUUUACUGAAGCAAAAUCUAAAAUGUUCUCAACAUUGUUCAUAAGAACAUACUGUUUCUUAGUUCUACAAAAAGAAAUGUGACGUUUUAACCUUUUACUGGCGAUAUGAGCUACUAGUUGGCUGAUAAACGAGCAGUAAAGUAGAUGUAGCAGUAAUAAUAGUAGAAUAAUAAAUAAAUAAGAAGACCCAGAUGUCCAGUUUGAGCCAUUUUGAACUGGUGAUUCUGGAUGUCACUUGCGAGUCAGUGUGGUUUGGUUUGUUAUUGAAAACAUUUUAUGAUUUUGAUGUGAUGUCCUCUCUCACUGCAGCAGGUUUUUAUGGGUAUUUGUGAGUUUGUAAGUGUGUUUGAGCACCUUUUUUUUUUUGAGUGUAUGGCGUUUUGAAAGUUGGUGUCUGUGCAUAAUGCUGGACAGAGUGGUUCAGGUGAGAUAUUGGUUUUGUUUGAUACAUGUAUGGAUUAAAUAAAUCAUAUUUUACUACCCCUGAA